AUGGCAAGAGGCGGUGGUCGUGGCCGUGGUCGCGGUGGCCGUGGUAAGAGAGGCGGUGGGCGCGGCGGCGGUGGAGGCGCGCGCGACACCAGGUCGGAGCCGUGGUCGGAGAUCCAGCGCAAGAACGAGCUGUUCGAGAGUUACUACCGCAAGGGCGGCUUCAUGGAGGAGGCCGAGUUCGAGGAGAUGUGGAAGGCCCUCCAGCAGGACCUGCCCAACAGCUUUCGCUUCACGGGCACAAAGUCCGACGCCCUCGCCGUGCGCGAGAUCUUCAAGCAGCGCUACAUCCCCGCCAUCUCGGCGCAGACGUUCGAGGGCAAGCCCGUGCCGCCUCCCGAGCCCGUCGUCGCCUUCCCCGACGAGCUCGUGUGGCACAUGAAGACGCACAAGAAGGUCAUCCGCCGCCAUGCCGCCUUUGCAAACUUCCAGAAGUUCCUCGUCGCCGAGGCCGCCUCGGGCAACAUCAGCAGACAGGAGGUCGUCAGCAUGAUCCCGCCCCACUUCCUCGACGUCAAGCCGGGCCUGGUCGUGCUCGACAUGUGCGCCGCGCCCGGCAGCAAGUCGGCCCAGCUGGCCGAGAUGAUCCACGGCGACGAGGAGGAGCGCGUCAGGCGGGCUGCGAACGGCGAGGACGUGGGCAGUGGCGCAGACGGCGACUACAGCGACGACGGCCGCUCGACCGGCCUGCUCAUCGCAAACGACACCGACUACAAGCGCGCCGGCAUGCUGGUCCACCAGGUCAAGCGCCUCAACUUCCCCAACCUCAUCGUCACCCAGCACGACGCCUCCAUCUUCCCCUCCAUCGAGCUCCCCAGCAAGGUCGGCGAGAAGAAGCAGUACCUCAAGUACGACCGCAUCCUCGCCGACGUGCCGUGCUCCGGCGACGGCACAGCCCGCAAGAACCCCAAUGUCUGGCAGAAGUGGACGCCCAAGGACGGUCUUGGUCUCCACAACCUGCAGCUGCGCAUUCUCUUCCGCGGCCUGCAGAUGCUGAAGAAGGGCGGGCGCAUGGUGUACUCGACCUGCAGCAUGAACCCCGUCGAGAACGAGGCUGUCGUCGCUGCGGCCAUCGAGGCCUGUGGAGGUACUUCCAAGGUUCAGCUUGUCGACAUGCCCGACCAUCUGCCCAACCUGAAGCGCCGACCAGGCUUGAACUCCUGGAAGGUUCUCGACACUUCUUCGGUGACCGGCAGCAACGACAAGACCGCGCACAUGUUCACCAGCUGGGAGGCUUUCGAGAAGGCCAAGGCCAAGUACGCAGUCGACGAGCCGGAGCGCCAGUUCUCCCAGAAGAUCUCCAAGGGCUGCUUCCCACCCAUCACCGCGAACCCCGAGGAACGCAUCCCGCUCGAGCGAUGCAUGCGCGUGUACCCCCACCUCCAGGACACCGGUGGCUUCUUCAUUGCGGUCAUCGAGAAGCUCGACGACAUCAAGAUUGCGCAGAUCCAGAACCCGGAGAACGCAGCCAAGGCGAAGAAGCAGGAGGAGAAGACAACCGACAACACCUCGAUCCCCACACCUGAGGAGAACGUCAUCGAGGCCGACGCUACCAAGGACACCGAGAGCCUGAAGCGCAAGGCGGAAGACAGCGAGGAGAGGGCAGCGCCCAAGAAGAGCAAGACCGAGGAAGCCGAGAACGGCACAGCACAGGAGGCCACAACAGCGCCUGCAUCUGAAGCCACGACACCAGCGCCCAGCAACCCAGUGUCCAAGCUCAAGCCAGAGAAGCAGGACCAGAACAAGGAGUACUUUGAGUACCUGUCGCCCACGGAUGAAACCGUGGCUAGGAUCCUUGAUUUCUUCGGCAUCUCAGACCGCUUCCCCCGCGACCGCUUCAUGGUCAAGAACAAGGAGGGCUUGUCUCUGAACAAGAUCUACUACACGUCCGGCUUCGCCAAGACGAUCAUCAACGCCAACAAGGAGCGCGGCAUGAAGUUCAUCCACUGCGGCGUCGUCAUGUUCGUCGCGCACAAGAUCAAAGACGCCAGCUACAUGCACGCACCGUGGCGGCUGCAGUCGGAGGGCAUUUCCAUCCUCGAGCCAUGGGCCAGCAAGCGCAUCGUCCAGUGCACGAGCAAAGCCACCCUCAAACAGCUCAUCACAGAGAUGUUCCCCAAGCUGCCCAAGGAGGGCGAGCACGGCCUCGGCGAAGUCGGCGAUCAGCUGCAGCCCAUGGACAUUGGCUGCUGCUUUGUCCGCGUCGAAAAGGACGACGCGCAGGACAUACCCUUCCGCAUGGUGCUCCCGCUCUGGCGACACCCGGGGUCCGCGAACAUGAUGGUCGACAAGGAUGAUCGCAAGGCGAUGCUGCUCAGGCUGUGGGGCGAGAAGGACACGGAGAUCAUCAACCACGUCGCCGACAAGGCGAAGCGCGAGGCGGAGGAGGAGCAGGCCGAGGAGGACGCCAAGGCCAAUGUCGUCGAGGGCGAGAACGCCGAGGAUAGGGACGUCGACGAGAAUGGUGGUGUUGCUGUGGAUGCUGAGGCGUAG